AUGUCAAAAGCUUGUGAAGAAGGACUUUGGAAAAAGACAACAGAGAAUAGAAAGAAUGUACUUCAUGUUGCAUGUGAAAAGGGAAAUCUUCAGCUUGUCAAAUUACUUAUCGAAUGUGGCUGUAACAAAGAAACAAUAGAUGAAUAUGGAAAUACUCCUCUCAUUUAUGCAUCAUGGAAUAAUCAACUUGAAGUUGUUAAAUAUCUUAUCUCUGCAGGAGCUAAUAAAGAAGCAAAGAAUAACGAUGGGAAAACUCCUUUAAUUUAUGCAUCAUUAUACGAUUAUCUCAAUAUUGUUAAAUAUCUUGUCUCUGAUGGUGCUAAUAAAGAUGUAAAGAAUAAUGAUGGAAAAACUCCCAUAAUUUAUGCAUCAUUAUACGGCUAUCUUGAUGUUGUUAAAUAUCUUAUCUCUGAUGGAGCAAAUAAAGAAACAAAGAAUAA